ACACACUUUUGCUGUGGCUUUUUUAGCUUACCUUUAUCAAUAAAGUUGCGCACUUCAAAAUAACAGGAACCGGAAGUGCAUCACUCAGCGCGCAUGCGUAUUACGGCAGCGACGGCGGCGGCAAGCGUGAUCUGGACGUUAGGAGCAGCAGUGUGAAGAGAGGGAUCUGUCAUCAUGGAUUUCCAGCACAGAGCUGGAGGGAAAACAGGCAGCGGUGGCGUCGCCUCGUCGUCCGAAAGCAACCGAGACCGGCGUGAGCGUCUGCGGCAGCUGGCCUUAGAGACCAUAGACAUCAACAAAGACCCGUACUUCAUGAAAAACCACUUGGGCUCCUAUGAGUGUAAACUGUGUCUCACGCUGCACAAUAAUGAGGGAAGUUACCUCGCUCACACGCAGGGCAAAAAGCAUCAGACUAACUUAGCAAGACGAGCUGCAAAAGAGGCGAAGGAUGCGCCGGCUCAACCCGCUCCAGAGAAAGUCAAGGUUGAGGUGAAGAAGUUUGUCAAGAUUGGCAGACCGGGUUAUAAAGUAACAAAACAAAGAGAUCCGGAGUGCGGUCAGCAGAGUCUGCUUUUCCAGAUUGAUUACCCAGAGAUAGCAGAAGGUAUCGGGCCGAGGCAUCGCUUCAUGUCAGCGUAUGAGCAGAGAAUCGAACCUCCGGACCGUCGCUGGCAGUAUCUGCUGUUCGCAGCCGAGCCGUAUGAAACCAUCGCAUUCAAGGUUCCCAGUCGAGAGAUCGACAAAGCAGAGACUCGUUUUUGGACACACUGGAACAGGGAGACGAAACAAUUUUUUCUGCAGUUUCACUUUAAGAUGGAGAAAUCUCUGCCCGCUCCACCGGGUCAGGCGGUGUCGGUCGGUGUGAAGCGUCCGCCUUUGCUCAUCACUGGACUCGGUCCACAUCCGCACAGUGACUCCAUGCCCCCCCCACCGCCGGGGGGAAUACAUGGGAUGCCCCCCGGAGCCCACAUCUUGCCACACAUGCGCCCACAUAUGCCUCCUCCAGGAGCCCUGCCUCCUCACCUGAGGCCACCACUCCCUCACGACGGCUGAAGGAGUUACGCUUUACUUGAAGGUUUUAUAGAUAAUGCAUUAAUAAAAGUAUUUUAAUGCAUUCACCUUAUAAUGCAUGUG